GAAACGACAGCAGGAUCAAGACAGCGGCCAAACUCCCCACAGCUCUGACUCUCUCCGGGCUGGUGGAAGUGAAGGAGCUGCAAAAGGAAGCGCUGACCCCAGAGGAGGCCCGGUCGGUCCGAGAGCAUUUGGGUUACCAAGGCGAUGACCUCCUCAUCGUUCAGAUAGAAGGCAGGAAGCCCGAUUUCGAAGUGGGAUCCUCCAGUCAGCUCAAGCUUUCCUAUGCCAAGAAACCUGGUCCUUCAGGAAAACCCUCUGUGGACCCAGCUACGGCCAAGCUGUGGACGCUCUCUGCCAACGAUAUGAACGAUGAAGAGAUGGAUCUUUUGGACUCUGAUGAGUUGUUGGAUUCGGAGGAUUUGAAAAAGCCAGAUCCGUCGUCCCUCAGAGCUCCGUCCUGCAAAGAACUGGGCAAAAAGAAAGCCUGCAAGAACUGCACGUGUGGCCUGGCUGAAGAACUGGAACAGGAGAAGAAGAGCUCACAGCCCAAAUCUGCUUGUGGAAAUUGCUACCUGGGGGACGCGUUCCGCUGUGCCAGCUGCCCCUACCUGGGGAUGCCUGCCUUCAAGCCCGGGGAGAAGAUUCUCCUGAAAGAGAACCAGCUGCAUGAUGCCUAACGAAGGCACCUCGGGAUGUCCUGCAAAGGACUCCUCUGCUUUUCCAUCAGCCUGAGGUUCUUCCUGCAGUCCUCCUCAUCCUCUCAAACU